AUGUUGAAAUUUCUCGCCUCCUCGCGACGCGCGCCCAUUUCCUCCGCACUCGAACGACCAGUGCCCCCCACCAAAAAUCCUAAGCGAAGGUGCGGCCGCCGAGCAAAACCCCCCUCGCCGCCUCCCGAAAUCUCUUAGAUCCGGAGCCAAUGGCGCCGUCCCCUCCCACCCCGACCGCGCCCAAAACCAUCGCCGACUUCUUCGCGCGCCCCGCCAAGCGCCUCCGCGCUGGCGCUCCCGCCCCGGCGAGCGCAUCCCUCUCCUCCUCCUCGCUCUCGCCGGAGCAGCGCCGCCGCGCCGACACCAACCUCGCGCUCGCCCGCAUGCGCCGCAACCUCCGCCUCGCCGAGUCCAAAGCCAAAGCGUCGGGGGGCGCCGCGAAGCUGGAGGAGCUCCUGGUGGAGGAGACGUGGGUGGAGGCGCUGGACGGGGAGCUGCGCAAGCCCUACGCGCUCGAGCUCUGCCGCUUUGUCACCCACGAGCGGCUGCACGGCCCGCUGCCCGUCUAUCCGCCGCAGCACCUCGUGUUCCACGCGCUCAACACCACCCCGUUCGACCGCGUCAAGGCUGUCAUCAUCGGCCAGGAUCCAUAUCAUGGCCCUGGUCAGGCCAUGGGAUUAUCUUUCUCAGUACCAGAAGGGAUAAAAAAACCUUCCAGCUUAGGUAACAUAUUUAAAGAGCUGGAAAAAGACCUAGGUUGCACUGUGCCAUCACAUGGAAAUUUGGAAAGAUGGGCUGCACAGGGUGUUCUUAUGCUCAAUACUGUACUAACUGUGAGGGAGCAUCAAGCAAACUCACAUGCCAAGAAAGGAUGGGAAGAGUUUACUGAUGCUGUUAUUAAGACUAUAUCACAAAAGAAAUCAGGACUAGUCUUUCUUCUUUGGGGAAAUUCUGCUCAAUCAAAGACAAGAUUGAUUGAUGGAACAAAACACCACAUUUUGAAAUCAGCUCACCCCUCAGGCCUGUCUGCAAACCGAGGUUUCUUUGGAUGCAGGCACUUCUCCAAAACAAAUCAGAUCCUAGAGAAGCUGGGACUAUCUGCAAUCGAUUGGCAGCUCUAGACAAUUCCCAGGCCACAUGUGAUUCGGCUGUUUGAGCUUGACAGCCACCGUGUGCGGUGGAGCGGAAGCACCUUAAUGAACAAGGACCAUCCUGUUCGGCCAUAAUUUUGUAGCGACUUUAAAUUAUAUGGCCGAUAUGAGUGCUAACUCUACUAACGCUUUGUAUAUCCCUUCUUUUGCAUCACGUCUUAUCCCAUAUAUGCUUCGCUUUCGUACCAAA